CGCCUGAGCAGAUCACACACUUCCCCACAGAGAGGGCGGUUCCUAAACCCAGUACGAAGAGGGAGACACACACGGGAUCAGGGGCACAAACCCUCACUCAGCAGCACCGAGCCAAAGUUGCUGAAAGCUGCUGCGUCUGGAAUGACCAAUCACUCAUCACACUCCAACGGCAUGCAGGGCCUGCGGAAGGAGCACCUGUACAAGGUGCUGGUUAUCGGGGACCUGGGGGUCGGGAAGACGUCCAUCAUCAGGCGCUACGUCCACCAGACCUACUCCACUAACUACAGGGCCACCAUCGGAGUGGACUUCGCCCUGAAGGUGUUAAACUGGGACUCUGAGACUGUCCGGCUUCAGCUGUGGGACAUUGCAGGUCAGGAACGUUUUGGAAACAUGACACGAGUGUACUACCGUGAAGCCAUGGGAGCCUUCAUCGUGUUCGAUGUGUCACGUCACACGACCUUCGAGGCCGUCAUAAAGUGGAAAGAGGACCUGGACUCUAAACUGAUGCUGGCUGAUGGACAGAGCAUCGCUACUGUGCUGCUGGCUAACAAGUGUGACCAGGGCAUGGAGAUGGCCAAUAACGGCGUCAAAAUGGACCAGUUCUGCAAGGACCACGGCUUCAUCGGUUGGUUUCAGACCUCUGCUAAGGACAAUCUCAACAUCAGCGAAGCUGCAAACUUCCUGGUCAAGCACAUCAUGGCCACAGAGAAUGACAUCCUGAAAAGCGUGGUACCGGACACCAUCUCACCUCAGCUCGACUCCAAAAGACAAAUGAGCUGCUCUGGCUGCUUCAAAUAAUGAAGCGACGGAACGAUGGUAGGACCGAACAGAACGGAGACACAGUAGGACAAAGAGGGACGGGUGCACGGCACGGCCUUCCUAAGCCUUACUGGUGUUACGGUUUGGCUUCUUCAGCACCAAACCAGAGCUAGCCUGUUGAAUGUUUGUGAUCUCAGUGCUCAAUUACAAGCAAACCAGAGCUCGCAAACUAAAAUCACAUGGACUCAGGAGUUGCACAUUUAUUUAACAGAGUUUUGGUAACGAGCCUUACUGUGAGUUCCCUGCAGACAAACAAGUAUACCGCCCUUGUUCAUGCUCUUUGGCAUCAUUAUUUCAGAUAGCAAACUGCCAACAGUCACCUUUUGUGUCAAGAUUAUAUCCUCUUCUGAUAACAUCUGACUCGGAAAAGGACACUCCAGCAUAUGAUUGUGUUGCUGUUCUCCAACUAUUUACCUUCAUACUUCCACACACACACUUGGUGACAAAAACAGUGUGGGAUACAUGCAGGCUUCCUUUACUGUUAAGUCUGCCAGAGCCAAAGAAAGCAGUAUUGAUCACUUUCAGUGGAUCACACACUUGUAUUGUGUAAUUAUGUGAUUUUGCACAUGCAUUGCUUUUUUUUUAUUAUUAUGAUUUUAAUUUAUUUAUAGGAAGCUUUUUGUAAUGUUUGAUUGUAAUGCUGGUUUAUGUAUUAUGUUAUUCUGCUCUAAAUAUUUACCUACAACUGACUAUUGUGUAAGCCUUAUUUAAUCAGGCCAUUUAAGCAACGAUGUAUAUUCACAGCAAAAACUUGGUCGAGGUGAGACGUUGCUAAGAAAAGAAGUGUUAUACAGGGAACACUAGAGACAGGUUGAAAAGUAAAUGAAGAAAAUAGAAAAUGCAAAACAUAUGUGGAUACAUAUAAAUAAAAGUUAAAAAACAAUCAAACAUUUUUGCGAUUUAGCACCCCCCAGUGUUCUACUACUGUGGUAAAUAUCUUCAGCUGUACACAUGUAUUUGUUGUGAUUACAUGACUUAUGAUCAAAAACAAGCCACACACCAAACAAGUGCAACAACACAAGACAUACAGUAGCAGCCAGUUAAUAUUACUGACAAGUCCAACAAUAAGAAGCCCAGCUCUGCGUCUGUCUUUAAGCCUGUUAUGUCACCAAGCUCUCACCAACCACUAAACUUAGCUUCUUCUGUCUUCUUCUAAUGUCUUUUUCGGUCUCUUCACCUCUGCUAUUAUGUCAAUAGAUGUUGAUGUGUCCAGCUACAUUGCCCACUUGCCCAGCUCCAGUUCUGGCAUGACACCAGCAGCAUUCUCCUGCAACCCUCCUCUUUCUGGUGGUCCAAAACGAUUGUGGUCCAAACACUAACACACACCCCUCGUGCUAACAAACUGAGCUAACGUUAGUUCAGAACAGUUUACUGUUCAUUAGGAAACUCUGUAAAUCACAGAGAGUUGAGCAGCUGGAGGACAUCAGAGGAAAAAGCAGAAAACGUUUUCUCCAUAAAAUAUGAUUCACCAAAAUCAGUCAAAUAGUUGGUGGUGUGUGACUUUGUGCCAUAAAGUGUGAUAUACUUUGGAGUUAGGAGUCAGGCAUACAAACACCAGGCACCAUUCACCUGAUUACAAGUCAGUGUGGCAUCAACAUGACAGUCUUUUCAUAAACAGUCUUUAUUGCCCUGUGUGCUGUUCCACAGCAGUAGUUCAGGUAUAAGUGAUGAAAGGCGUGACACCCCUCCCUCCCACUGUCUUGGAGGUAGCCCUGUCCAAUCUCUGACAUGGGAGGGUUGUCUGCUGAUGGAGCUGACCUGGGCCCUCGGGCUACAAAAGCUGGCUCAUGUGCUUCCUACUGUCUCUCCCUUCCUACAGCUCACACACACUUUACGUCACUUUCCUUUGUUUUGCACUCUCGAGACCUCCACAGCACAAUGGUUGCAUUGCUCAGACACACUCCAUUGUUUAUUUGUGCUAUCCUUAGUUUCAAUAAAUGACUCUUUUCCAUUCCCUGAGCCGAUUUGUGACAAAAGGCUUGUCAGACGUUUGCUUGUUAAUUGAAGAGAGGGCGGUCAUCCUUCUGUCUGAAGUUUGCUCUCAUCACUACUACUAAUGUUUGGCUGCAACAUCUGAACACGGUGCUUUCUGCUUUUUCUUUUUGGUUGUCAGGAUUGGCAAGAAUGUUUGUGCGUUUAUUUCUUCAUCAGAGGGAGAAUUGUGUUGAUCUGUCUGGAUGUAAACUGGACAUUCUCACGAGUUGACAUGCCAGAGCCGAACCCUCUGUAUCCAUGGUAACUAGAUCAAGUCUUUUUUUAUGGGUAUCCUCUAAUGUCUCUGUGAAGCUAUUUCUCGCUGUGCUCACAACCAUACAGACACAAACGCACACGCGCAUACACGCACGUACACGCCGUUUUUUUUUCCACCCUACAUGUCCUUGUUGCUUUUUUUACCUCGUCUUUUCUCCUCUCCCACUCCACUCCAGCCUCCAUUAUUGUUCCUCAUCCUUAAAAAAAAACCCUGGUGCUCUCUCAACACAGCUACAUGUUUUUUUUCUUUUCUUUUAUAUGUCCACUGCCACAUAUCUCUGAUUCACAUACAGUGUGUACAGCACAUUAUAUAAACCGUGCACGGGCUCGACUGCACGCCCACAGAUGCAGCACUUUUAUUGGUCGCCCAACAUGCUGACUCUGAUUGCAUUGUGUGAAGUUGUCCUGACCCUGCACCUCUGUUUUACUUGAUAGUAGUGUCUUUUGUAAAAAAAAGGCAAGGUAGUUAAACUCACUUCAAAGUCCCUGAUUAUACAAUGUGCCAAAGUGGGAUAAAAUCAUAAAGUUGCAUGGCCUGUUCCCAUUGACACACAUACAGUAGUGUACAAGCGUAUAUUGACAUGCAUAUGUCACAUUGUUUCUUUGGGUUGCUGUUAAUCAGCAGUGCUUCAACAGUGUUUGUAAGCAUGUUAACAACAGCGUCAUGUGCUAUUGUGUGACUUCUUGGUGACACAGCACCAUGCACAUUAGGGACUUAUAGACGUCAACAUGAAAUUACAAUUUCAUAGUGCUAUGAGGAUGUUGAUGACAUCACGCAUGGUGUCACACUGUAGAUGUUAGAACUGAUUUGAACUCAGCACAACACACAUUCAGGCACACACACACGCACACACACACACACACA